AUGGGAUCUUCAGAUAGUUGGACUGCCAUUGUUACUGGGGGGGCGUCGGGCAUCGGGGCAGCUACAUCGAGAAAACUCGCCAGCCGCGGGAUUAACGUCCUGGUCACAGACAUUCAGACCGAACUCGGAGAAAAAAUGGCCAGCGAAUUAAAGUCUACCUUCAAGGUCGAUGCGGCCUUCCUCCGUGUCGACGUGUCAAGGGAGGAGGAUGUUCGUGCUAUGGUGAAUACGGUUGUGCAGAAAUGGGGCCGACUGGAUUAUGCUGCGAACGUGGCUGGAUUCUGCAAAGAGGACCGAUAUAACGAAGCUAAUGUGUCAACGGAGGAGGUUGAUAAACAUUUCGCGGUCAACCAACGAGGGCUCUGGCUGUGCCAGAAAUUCGAAGCUGCGCAGAUGUUGAAACAAGAGCCCAGAGAGGUCGAACUAUUCCCUAGGCCUUCAUUGCCAAUCAGGCCACAACGCGGGGCCAUUGUCAACGUCGGUUCGACCACGGCCGUCACGGGAAUGGGGUUCGCUGCCUACGCCCCAACGAAAGCGGCUUGCCUCGAGAUCACUCGGAAUGGUGCUUUCUUUUACAGCCCACGUGGAAUUCGUUGUAACGCCGUCUGUCCUGGCGCGACUGUCACAGCCAUGUCCGCGGCCAAUAUGGUCGACGAGGUCGUAGGCUCAGGAGACCGUCAGGCCCUAGAGAACGUCUAUACGCGGCCGAUCGCGCUCAAGACUAUGGCAUGUCCCGAAGAGCAGGCGGCCGUCAUCAGCUUCUUGUUGAGUCCAGAGAGCAGCCACGUCACUGGUAACACCGUCAUGGUCGAUGGCGGGUUCAGCAACGUUACUUUCUAG